AGCAAAAACAGAAAAGAUCCCAACGCUAUCCCCUUCUUCUUCGUCAGGUAGGUUCACUUGCCAUUCCCCACCGUGCCCUAACCCUAACCGCCCAUGGGCAAGGGCCGCCCCCUUGCCGCUGCCGCCACCACCACCACCUCCGGCGGCGGCGUUUCCGUCCCUGAGGCGCCGGUUUUCCACCCCACGGAGGAGGAGUUCGCCGAUCCCCUCGCCUACGUCGCCGUUAUCCGCCCCCUCGCCGAGCCCUUCGGCAUCUGCCGUAUCGUCCCGCCGCCGUCAUGGUCGCCGCCACACGCCCUCGACUUCUCCUCGCUCUCUUUCCCCACCAAGAGGCAGCCCAUCCACCGCCUCAUCGCCCGCCCCGCCCCCGCUGACCCCGACACCUUCCUCCUUGACUACCGCCGCUUCCUCAGGGCUUCCUCCGGGCAUCGGCGAGGCCGCAAGAAGGGUCUUCCAAAGUCGCCAGCUCUCUCGGAUGGUCGCCAGCUUGACCUCUGCCGCCUGUUCCAUGCCGUGAAGAGGUUCGGUGGGUACGACGGUGCCUGUGAGGGGAAGCGGUGGGGCGACGUGGUCCGCCUAGUUGAUGACAAGGCACCAAUGCAUGUAUCGGAGUGUGCCAAGCAUGUGCUUGCACAGCUUUAUUACGAGCAUCUGUAUGAGUACGAGAAGUUCACCAACAGAUCGGUGUCACAGGAUGGGAAGAAGGGGAAGCAACCAGAGCUGGAAUCUGAUGAUCAACCGUCAGUUUCUGGUUCACAGGAUGAAGGGAGGAACAAUUCCGAUACUGGAGCGAUGGAUGAGGAGGUUUCAGGUGUUACGAGCCAGAAAAGAAGUGUCAUCCGUAGGAAAGCGGGUGGAAGAACUUCUCAUGGCCGCCACGGAAAUGGUGGUGACAUCACUGGAAAUAAUGUGGCGUCUGCUGGUGCUAGGAAGCGGAAAAGGAGAAAGUCUGACGCUGUGGUUGCUGUGGUCAGUGAGGUGUCUGCUGGUGCUCGGAAGAGGAAAAGAAGAAAGUCUGAGGCUGCGGCUACUGUGGUUAAUGAGGCAGUGGAUCAGGUCUGUGAGCAGUGUAAUAGUGGGUUACAUGGGGAUGUCAUGCUCCUAUGUGAUCGUUGUGAUAAAGGCUGGCAUUUGUAUUGUUUGUCGCCUCCGCUUGAGAGAGUGCCUCCUGGGAACUGGUAUUGCUCAGACUGCAUGAACUCCGAUAGAGAUUGUUUCGGAUUUAUCCAUAGGAGGAAGACUUGCUUGCUUGAGACUUUCCGGCGAUUUGACGAGAGGGUGAGAAAGAGAUGGUUUGGGCAGAGGAAUCCCAGCCGUGUUCAAGUCGAGAAGUAGUUUUGGGAGAUCGUGGAGGGGAAGGCAGGGGAACUAGAGAUUAUGUAUGGGAGCGACUUGGAUACUUCAGUUUAUGGAAGUGGCUUCCCUCGUCUUGGUGAUCCGGUCCCAUCAUCGGUAGAUCUGGAGGUGUGGCAGGAGUAUUGCUCGAGCCCGUGGAAUCUGAACAAUUUUCCAAAUCUGCCAGGCUCAGUUCUUAGAACAGUCCGGGAUAAAAUUGCUGGUGUAAUGGUCCCUUGGCUCUACAUAGGGAUGUUGUUUUCAUCAUUUUGUUGGCAUGUCGAGGACCAUUGUUUCUAUUCAAUAAAUUAUUUACAUUGGGGUGCGCCAAAAUGUUGGUAUGGAGUACCUGGAGCAGAAGCAAAUGCUUUUGAGCAGGUUAUGCGCCAGGCCUUACCUGAUCUGUUUGAUGCACAACCUGACCUGCUUUUUCACCUUGUCACAAUGCUGAAUCCAUCUAUUUUACGAGCAAAUGGUGUUCCUGUUUAUAGUGUGAUGCAGGAACCUGGCAACUUUGUCAUUACUUUUCCUAGGUCAUUCCAUGGUGGCUUCAAUUUAGGUUUAAAUUGUGCUGAGGCUGUAAAUUUUGCUCCCGCUGAUUGGUUGCCUCAUGGUGGAAUUGGGGCUGAAUUAUAUCGUUUGUACCGUAAAGCGCCUGUUUUGUCACAUGAAGAACUCCUAUAUGUGGUUGCAAAGAAUGGUGUGGACUCUGAGUCGCUUCCCCACUUAAAGGGAGAAAUAGAAAGGCUUUUUAUAAAAGAGAGAAGAUGUCGAGAGGAGUUAUGGAUUAAUGGGAUUGUUAAAUCCAGUCCAAUGUCACCACGGAGUAACCCGGACUUUAUUGGAAGUGAAGAGGACCCUACAUGCAUUAUUUGUCGACAGUAUCUGUAUCUUUCAGCUGUUUCCUGUAACUGUAGGCUGUCUUCUUAUGUUUGCCUUGAGCACUGGAAGCACCUUUGUGAAUGCAGUCCAGAGAAGCAUUGCUUACAUUAUCGCCACACCCUUGCAGAGUUGGGUGAUUUAGUUUGCGAGGUCUCUUUGGCUAGUCUCCCAGGGGACAAUGUUAAGCAGAACCCGCAAUUGCUCAAUGACGUUUGUGUGCCGUCUAAAAAGGUCAAAGAUCGCUAUAUAUCAUAUGUAGAUCUUGCAGAAGAAUGGCUCUUGAAAUCUGAUCAUAUUCUCCAGAUGCCAUUCGUAGAUAGUGCAUAUGCCACUGCCUUAGAAGAAGCUGAACAAUUUCUUUGGGGUGACCAUGCCAUGGAUUCUGUCCGGAAUAUAACACUAAAACUAACAGAAGCUAUGAACUGGGCUUUGGGUGUUAGAAAAUGUCUCUCCAAAAUUGAGGAUUUUCAGCUUUGUAAAGGCAAUUGUUCUGAUAAAGUAAAUUAUGUGGAGAUUGAAGAAUUAGUUGCUGUGAGAUGUAUCCCCUGCUGUGAGCCUAAUCUUACAAAACUUCAGGUCUAUGCAGAGAAAGGAAAAAUGCUGAUUAGUGAAAUAAACAUUGCAUUGUCAUCACACUUGAUGGUCGACAACUUGGAAACAUUGUACUCUAGGGUUUCAAAAUUCCCAGUUAACCUAACAAAAUCAUCAACCUUGUCUUGUGAGAUCUCUUCUGCAAAGUCUUGGUUGAAGAAAGCAAGAGAUUGCCUUGAACAGAAUAAACUGGGCAUCGUUGACAUAGAUGUCCUUGAUAAACUGAAAUUAGAGUUGGUACAACUUCGAGUUCUAGUUCCAGAGAUUGAUCUUAUUUCAGAACUGUGGAAAGAUGCCGAAUCAUGGCGAAUGCGUUGUCAAUUAUAUCUCCAAGACUCCCCUGGUCUAAAGGAGCUGGAGAGUUUCCUCCUUGCUGCAAAUGGUGCCAAGUUCAGCAUUCCAGAGCUGAACCUUCUUAAGCAACGUCACUCAGGUGCUUGCUCUUGGGUGAAUCAUGCUAAUAACAUACUCGGAAAACUUUAUGCAAGGAGUGACUAUCACAAUGUUAUUGAGGAGUUGAUAGUCAUUCUGAAGGACGGAGAAUCACUGAGAGUAGAAGUUGAUGAAUUGCCGAUUGUUGAGAAAGAACUAAAGAGGUCCUUAUGUAGGAAGCAAGCAUCUGAGGCUCUUGCAACAGUAAUGUCCAUGGAGGUGGUUGAAGAAGUUUUGAAAGAAGCUUCCAUGCUAACUAUUGAAGAGGAGCAACCGUUUGUCGACCUGUCCCGGAUGCUCAAAGAUGCCACUGCUUGGGAAGAGAAGGCUAGACUUAUUCUUGAGCAAUCAGCUUCUCUCUCUGAGUAUGAAGACCAUAUGCGGUGCUCAGAGAAUGUAAGAGUUAUCCUUCCGUCUGAACUGCGUAUGAAAGCAGAGGUUGAUAUUGCUAAGUUGUGGAUAGACAAAUGUCAAACCUAUCUGAGACCUAGGUGCAAUAAACUUGCAUUUGGAGGCUUUCUUAAAGUUGAUGAUCUCAAGGAUUUAAUCAAUCAGGCUGCAAGUUCGAAAGUCAUCCUUGACACUUCAGCACUUAAUUUUGUUCUCAACAAUGUCAAAGAAUGGGAAUGUAAUUCACUAAGUUUAUUAUGCAACUUGGGAACCUUACUUAAUUUGAAUGUUAUUGGCUCUUCAGUUGACCCACUUCAACGAGAUUUGGAGGAGCUGCAAGAUAAAAUGAACGCAGAAAUAGAAAGUGGAAUAUCUCUUGGAUUUGAGUUUAGGGCUCUUCAUCAACUGAAGGAUUCUUUGUUGAUGCUUAGAUGGAUAUUGGACGCACUGUCUCGGUGCUGCAUGAUUCCCUUGUUGGAGGAUGUUGAUAGAUUAAUUGAAGAAGCAGUCCACCUUCCUGCCUCUUUGUUGGACUGCUCUUUGGCUAAAUUGUUAAUGAGGGGUUUGUCUUGGCUAAGAAAAGCACUUAGUUUGCUUCCUGAUUCUGAAAUAUCUGCAAAGUCUAAAUUGAAAGAUGUUGAGAAUAUUUUAGCAGAAUUCAAGGAAAUUGAAGUUCCUUAUCCUGUGAUGACUGCCAGGCUUGAGGAUGCUGUAAACAAACAUAAGUAA